AUGGAUUUUCAUGCUCGCAAGCAUGACACUGCGGACAACAACAACAACAACAAGGAAGAGCAGAGCUUAUCCUCCCUGCUGGACGACUCACAACGUGGUUCUUUGAUGGUCUUGAUCUCGGAAAUCCUGGAACACAUGCGAAAGAUUGUUUUUGACAAUUUCGAGGCUCCACACACUGCGCCGACUUCGAAAAAACGUCCCAACGAUGAUGCUCCGCCCGACUCGGAAUCCCAGGAAUCGUCUAAUAACGAUCAACAGAGCCAGUCAAGCCAGCCAAGCCAGCCAGCACCCCCUGGCAUUGACGCAAAGUCAGAAGCCGAAGCACUUAGGUAUUUUGAUGACUGGCGAGAUUCUGUGAUAUUGCGCGUCGGAGAGGUCUUGAACGAAAGGAAAGAGCCGAUCAAUAAAACGACACCUGGGGAGCGAGAUGCUGCCGAAUCCAAGGAAGAACCCCCUAGUAGACUGCGAGACGUCUAUCGCCCGUUCGAAAACUCGCUUCAGAGCCUACAUAAAGCAGAGAAACUUUUAAUCCUUCACUCUUUACUACUCCUGCUUCUAAGCCUCCAGCACUACAACGCUUACUCAAGGGUCCUUCUGUUACACAUCACGUCGAGUCUAGAUCUUCCGUUGAAAUACUUGAAUGAUGAUGAGGCAAAAGUUGCUCGUGGUCUAUUAGAUGCCGCUAUGGUGAUGACUGCGGACGAAGAGGCGAAGAAGAAAGCAGAAGAAAACCGCGGUAUGCGGAAAUGGAAAGUUGGAUUUGCCACAGUGGCUGGAGCAGCGCUUAUCGGUAUUACUGGCGGUCUUGCAGCGCCUUUGGUAGCUGCAGGCCUCGGCACAAUCAUGGGUGGAUUGGGUCUGGGAGGCACAAUCGCUGCUACGUAUCUUGGUGCUCUCGCCAGUAGUGGAGUUGUUGUUGGUGGCUUAUUUGGGGCGUAUGGUGGAAGGAUGACCGGACGAAUGAUGGAUCGAUAUGCUCGGGAAGUCGAAGAUUUUGCAUUCAUCCCAACACGUGGGACGCGAAAGAAUUUCACAGAUGAGAAGCAAGCUGCAAAGGAAGACCAUCGCCUAAGAGUCACUGUGGGCAUCACUGGCUGGGCAACGGAAGAAGAUCACAUUGUCUUGCCAUGGCGAGUCAUCGAUGCCGACUCAGAAGUCUUUGCUUUACGAUGGGAGUAUGAAGCGUUGUUGAAUUUAGGUAACUCGAUGCGCACACUCGUGACUACAGCAGCAUGGAAAGUCGCAAGCCACCAAAUACUAGUGCGAACUAUUUUCGCAGGCAUCAUGAGUGCCGUGUUCCUGCCCCUGGGCUUGACAAGGCUUGCCAAGAUAGCAGCAAACCCAUUCAACGUCGCUAUCGCCCGAGCCGAUAAAGCCGGGGAAGUCCUGGCGGAUGCGCUGAUCAACAAAGCCCAGGGUGAACGUCCUGUUACCUUGAUCGGAUACUCGCUGGGUUCCCGAGUGAUCUAUUCCUGCUUGCGCAGCCUGGCUAAACGACACGCAUACGGCUUGAUCGAGUCUGCCAUCCUGAUCGGAUCGCCCAUUCCGGCAGACACUGUUGAAUGGCAACUGAUGCGCACUGCUGUCAGCGGCCGGCUCGUCAAUGUGUUCUCCGAAAACGACUCUGUCCUUGCCCUUCUGUACCGGGCCACCCAUCUCGAGGUCGAUAUUUCCGGUCUCCAGUCCGUCAAGGGCGUGCCGACUGUGGAAAACAUCAACGUCAGCGACAAAGUCGACGGCCACCUCCGCUACCAGUUUCUUGUCGGCAAGAUUUUGGAAGAUAUUGGCUUCGAGGAAAUCGACCAGGUCCAACUGGCCAAGGAAAAGGACCUUCUGAACGCUCAAGACCAGGAAAUUGAACAAGAACAAGCAAACAACCAGCGCAAGCGAGAAGCCAAAAUGUCGUCAAUUCGUCGUAAACCAGUCGGGGAAUCGGCCAAAGAUAGUGGACAGGAAGCUCCGCCUCCAACACUACCACCACGGCCACAACUACAACCACCGCAACCACCACAGCCCCCCGCCAAAGAUGACGCUGCAGCCGAGAGCGACGAAGAGGAAGAGAAGUUGAAUUACAUUACCAUGCUGGAUGAGGAAGAAGAAGAUCAAAUCCAGCGCGAUAUCGCCCGGCGCACUCAGGAGCAGAUGCUCAAUCGCAAGAUGCGGCAGACAAAGAUUAAUGGCCCGGGUGAAAGAUCUCGACGAGAAGAUCGGGGGUGA